AUGCUCGACAUCUCGUUAUACGUCAUCAGCGACGUGCUCUCGUUUAUUUUUGCUGUUUCUGCAAACCUGACGCUACUUUAUCUGAUUGCCUACAAAACUCCGCUGCAGAUGAGAGGAUACUCGACGGUGCUGCGAGUCCACGCCUUCAACGAUCUGUACUACUGCAUUCUGAACUUCUCGACCACAGUGGUGAGUUGAGUUAUGAACCUUGCGUAUUCUUUUUGUUGAUACCUUUCAUAAAUUAAGAGUUUUUUUUUUUUUUUUUGAGAUUUAUGCAAGACUCCUGGCUCGCAACUUUAUGAAAGGACCGAGAUUUUUAGAGCCAAAAGCGAAGCAGUGUUCAUAAUUUCCGACAGACUGAUGUAAACAAAAUCUGAGAGUUACACUUGUCCUUCGCUUUUAGUCAACGAGUUGUUAAAGAAGUAACCUUCCUCAUUCCAGGAGACAUUUUCGUACGCAGGCAAUUUGUAUCUUGUUUUAUCAGGAUUUAUUCGACAUGUGAGCGCAGAGUACGGAUGGAUCCUUUUUUGUGCGUAUUAUCAAGGAAUAAUGCUGGAACUAUGCCUGACUCCAAUCGACUUUUAUUACCGAUAUCAAACGGUUUGCAAGUAAGUUUUUUAUUGUUCUUACAGUGAGCUUACGUUAGAAAGAAAUUUUUUAGUGGCCCCUUUCGUUCACAACGGCCAUUUUAAAUCAAAUUCAUGUGUUUCUACAAUGAAUUUUUAAAUUAUUAAAAGCUGAAUCAGCAAGGAUUAGCUAUUGGUCGGCCUCGUGAUAAAAGCGGCUGUAAAUACCAUUGUUUUUUACAAAGUUAGGACGCAAAGAUGUCCAAAACAAGAGUUGCUUCAAAAAAAGACUUGCUUCAAUUUCAGUCUGUCGGAAAAAUAAUGAGCACAAUGUCGCUUCGCGGUUCACGCCGCACGUCAAACUGAGGAGUCCGGUGACCGGAAUAGACUCUUCGGUAUCGGUUUUUUACACUUCGUCUUGAUUUCGCAGAGAAAGAGAGAAAAAAGACACGCGAAAGCGUACUCUCUCGCCCCAAAAAAUUCCUCAUUUCUCCCCAGACAAAACGUUUUUUCGCGUCUUUUUUUGGCAAAUUGCCAAUCUAUUUACCUGACUGUUUUAGCUUAUCUCCGUUUGACGUGCGCCGCUGAAGUGAGAAACAAUUUUAUUUAUUUUUUUGCUACACAAUUCCUUUUCUUGCGGCAAUGCGAUUUUUGAUGAGACAGAGUGCUCAGUAUUUUCCCAACAUCCCAAUAUCAUCGUUUUUUCAGAAACCGAACUCUCCCCGCACACCGAGUCUACCUAAUGUUCGCCGGAAUAUUUUUCCUGACAUUUCUUCACGCGUUCCCCGUGUACCUGUCCUUCGGCAAGUUUGGGCCAUCAUUCGAUGGUAUUGAGGAAGCCGAAGCAACCCUAAACCUACAAGAAUUAAUAGGGACUACAGAAAAUACACCAUCAUUUACGUUCAGCUCGACCGUAGGUUAAACCCUUUAUUUCCCCUUUAAAGUACUUUUAAAAUCAAAUUAGCCGCCGGUAGGUUGGUAAAAAGUCCAUUUACAGAAUCAGUUCAUGUUCUACGUUAACCUGGGCAUUCUGUUUUCCGGGUUUGCGGUGGUCUACUGUAUGGUGAUCUGGGCAUUCGCCAAGAUCCACAAGACCGUGAAACGUCAUGCUCGCUCCAACAAGAGCUCUCGCGUGGCGCGCAUGGAGCAGCAAAUAAAUAAGGUUAUCCUACUGCAGGUGAGAAAAUUACAUUCCGCAAAACAUAAUGAUAUCACAAACCCCAAAAGGCGCAUGCUCAUUGACCGACAAUUGGGGGAAAAGGACAAGGGAAAACAUUUCAAAAAUAUGUUAAAAUCUACAAAAAAGCAUUUUCCCCAGUCCCGAAACGAAAACAUUUCGAAAUUUUGUUCCAAUUCUCCAAAAAAUCCUUUUUCCCAAGUCCCGAAGCGAAAAAAUUAAACGGUAUCGUUGAAUCGAAAUGUCGUUGACCCGAGGUGUCGUUAACCCGAAGUGUCGUUGACCUGAUCUGUCGUUGACCCCACCCCGAGCUGUCCCUGACCCGAAACGCCGUAGCGCCAUAUUUUUUGUUUCCCCAUUGGCCUUUUUCCCCAAUUCUCGCUCCCCGAUCACUUUUAAUUGAGAAUUUGCAAAAAAAAAUGAAAAAAUUACUACCUUACAGUACUGCUUAAGAAGAAAAGUGACCAACCAAAAAACGAACCAUCCCUUGACGCCUCAAUUUCAGUUCAUAAUCCCGUUUCUUGGCAACGGCGCGCCGGUUAUGCUCACAACAACCACUUCGAUGCUGCGCAUCGACUUCGCGGAACUGGGCAAGAUCAGCCGAGUGCUAUGCGCGUGGAUUGCGGUGCUGAAGCCGGUGGUUACGAUCAGUCUGAUCCCGACGUACCGGCGCCGAGUUCUGGGGCUGGCCCGAAUCAACGUGCUGAGCAGCACGAUGAGUUCGGCGGACCAGGAGGCCACAAAACCGAACGGACUGUCCCGUGUGAAUACCAUAUCAAGUCAGGCCGUCCUCAAGCCGUCGGACACGUGA